AUGGCAGACGUCCUCUCUGAUCCCGAAUCCAUUCAUUUCUCCGUUGGCAUUUUGGGGAUCUCAGGGGGCUCUUUAUUGCUGCUGGUCAACAGCUAUAGCAGCUCCUCUGACACGCCCUUGAUCCCUAACACCGCUCUGGGAAUAGAACUUCUCAUUAUCGCGGCCCUUUUGGUUUAUGUAGGAGUGCGUCGGAUUGUGUCCCACACGUCAAUCUGUGCCAUCUUGUGUCUGACUGUGUCCGCGCUAUGGUCCAGUUCAGGGCUGGUUCAUAUACUUGCAGGGGAAGGUAUAAUCAGUGUAGCAAAUGGGCUGAGAUAUGCUAUGGUGCCAGGGCUUGCUGCAUUUACUUUAGUAUUGCUCAUAAUUUGUAUUGUGGCUGUUCUACAGAGGGAGAAUAUCCUCUCCUUCAUCUCCCUUGCUAUAUGUUUGGCAUGUGCCCAUCAGAUUGCUGGCCUCACUAACUUAAAGUUUUGUCAGUCAGCAAAUGCUGCUUGUUACCUCUUGGUCUGCUUUGUAGCUGCAUACUUUGGAAGUGGCCGCCUGUUGUUCUGCAUUACGCAGGGGAAGAUCCAAUUACCUGGAACAGGGCUGCCGAAUAGGACUGAUUUAUUGCAUGGCCAAGAGGUUAAUGAUGUGGCAGCAGUAGGCUUGGCAAUGAACUUAUUGUCAGCCAGUGUGCUGGCUUGCCCUCUGCUGGGUGUGGUCCCUCAACUUUUCUUGGGCCAUGUUCCAUGGCUGUGGACGGCCGGUGUUUUCCAGCUGGGUGUGUGUAUUCUCUCCUACAGGGCCAUGGAUACCCUGGGUGCCACUUUCUAUGGCUUCACAGCUAUACUGAAGUUUUCUGAGGGCUACACUGCACUUGUGACAGACCUAAGAGGUCAAGAGCCUUAUGCCCCUGUUCCAUUCCCCACUGUUUUCUCAGUGCUCUUUUUUGUUCUAGCUUUGUUUACCUGCCACAGAAGUGUGAUCGAUGGCUUCUACCAGCUGUUCUUUGUAGCUUACUGUAUAGCCAUUGCAGCCCAACCGAGAGGCUUUUUUCAGGGGGGUACACAAGGCGUGCAGGCAGCUAUAUUUGUGGCAUCUGCCAUUGCACUCCUGGUAACUCUCUAUAAUAAUCGAUCUCAAAAGAAGAUACCCACGGGUGAGGGUGUAAUAAAAAAUCUUCUGAGCAAUAGCAGUAUGUUCAAGCUACGAACCCAGGACAAACACCUGUAUGCCCCAUAUUUAGGCUAUUCCAAAUAUGCUGAUGCUGAAGUCCUAGGCCAUGGCUGUAGCGUUCUGGCAGCCUUUGCCAUCACUGCUAGUGCAGCCAAUCAAGACCCCCUAGCAGUCCUGAUUUUGCCAUGGGUGGUAGCUGCAGGUGGUUUGCUACAACUGGUGUGUGGGUCUGUGGCUUUUGCCCGAGGCAAGACCCUGGAGAGCACAGCUUUUAUCCUCUAUGGUGUUAUGUGGACAGUGUGGGGCCUGACACGUUUUGGUGGCCUGUAUGGUGAUUUUCGUGGUUUCCACUUGGCAGUGGGAAUCAUUAGUUUAAUGCUUUUCAAUAUUAUAGUGACAGUAGGAGCUUUAUUCCUCAAUAAGGUUUGGUUUAUCUAUGCCCUUUCCUUCAAGCUCAUCCUCAUUAGCUUCUUGCUGGAUGCAGUGGCAGCACUGCCCUAUGGUUAUGACAUUGGUGUGACCAUCAUAUUUGGUUUGAUCAGCUUCUACUUUUUCUUGGCCAACUUAUUCAACUGCACCUUCCAUAGUCCACAACUGCCACUUGGUGAUCCUCUAAUCAAGAUGAGUGGAUUUGGUGGUGGCAGAAACCUUUGCCAUCACCUUCCUGCAAGGAAAGCGACAUCUGUGCAACAGAUUGCAGACAUCAUGAAGAAUGGAGGGAUAUGUGGAAUGCCCACUGACACCGUUUAUGUGCUUGUGGCUGCUUGCAAUCGGCCAGAGGCUGUUGAGAAAGCUUAUAAGGUGAAGAAACAGGCUCAAGAGCGCCCCAUGUCUUUAUGGAUUUCUUCCAUUAAGCAGCUGGAGCCGGUCAGACAACAGAUCAAUCCGAUGCUCUGGGACUUAAUGGAGGCAGCCUGGCCCUCAUCUAUCAGUCUGGUCAUUCCUAGAGCCCCAUGGAUGGACUUCUUUGGUUUGGGUGACUCAUCAAAAUAUAUUGGCACACCACAAAGCAUUGCAAUCCGAAAUCCAGAUUGUACCAUUGCAACACACCUGAUAAGCUUGGUGGGUCCGAUUGCUGUGACAUCUGCAAACCCAACAGGUGAAGCAGACACAACUCAUCAUAACCAGGUGUAUGCUAAACUGGGUGAUAAGGUCAAUGGGGUGUUGUGCGAUGGACCUUCACCAGAAAACAUAGCCUCCACCGUAGUAGACUGCACUAAAAUUGAGAAUGGCCAGAUCGGAUUUUUCAGGGUUGGCCUUAUUCCAAAGUCUAAGGUCCUGCAGAUCUUUGAGGAGAUUCAGAGGAGACAUCAAGACGGACAUCUGAAUCGUGGUUUUGAGACAGACAUCACAGAUCCUGUAAGUGACACCAUGGAAUCUCAAGCAAGAUCCACAGAUUCUGAAACAUACUCAAGUUUAAACCAACCAGUCCCUGCAAUGGCACUGAGCACAAUGGACCUCAGCCAAAAUAGCAAUGAGGAUGAUGCCUUGUAAAUAAUAAUAUAUACAUACACUUUGUUGGCUUUUGGGAAACUCUUGAACAGUUCUCAUGUCUUUGGGGGACAGGCAUGGCACAUAAUGACAUUAAUUAGAGCAAUUAUCAAACACAUUCAAAACAAAUGAAACAGUAUGAACAACUUGUUUGGACAACAGUAUGAAAAAUGUUAUGAAAAAUUCUUAGAAAUAAAGAUAAAGGAGUAAUAUGAAGGUUUCUGGAUUUAUUGAUUUAUUGCUUGCCUUAAUGUAGGUUCUUUUGGUCUGUUUUUAGACUGUAUAUUAUGAAUUGUUUAUUUCUGUUUUUCUAAUAAUGUUUGAUGUUGUCCAAUAAAACAAUCAUUGUCAUUCAUAGAUUGAUGUUAAUUUCAUUUGGUCUUAAACAUAUGCUCUAUAAAUUUAGAACUUGUGUCCUUGUUAAAAGCAAGCUGAUAAACAGAAAAAGCAACAGGUCAUAAAAAGAGAAUGUAAGCGCAAACUGUAUAGGAUGCAUAAACAAGAUACCUUUGUUUACAAUAUUUUGU